CGUAUAGUACCGUUCCGUCUCUCUCACGGCGGCGGCACACAUUAACCCCAUCCCGUUUACGCGACCCAAUUCACAUCAAAACGGUCGCCACCUUUUUCAUUUUGCUUCUCCAACACCGUCAUCUCAGCCGUUUGAUGAUUCCGAAAUUUCCACGUCUGGAACAUCGAUGAUUAAUUUCUUUCUCUUUCUCUUGAAGAACACUCAAAUGCUGCUGUGAUGCAGAAAGCCAGAAACCCCCAAAUUGUCUCGUACCAAAAUGCGUUCUCCGUCCUCUUCCUCUUCCUCUUCUCCGCUUCACCCGCCCCAAAAGCACGCGUCUGAGUCCUUCGCCGGUGGAGCUGUAGCUGAGCGCCGCCUGCGUGAGGCCGAAGAGCGCUUGAGAGAUGCAAUCGAGGAGCUUCAACGGCGGCAACGCUCAGCGCGUGGGCUUCACCCGCCAUGCGACCAUGCGGAUGAGUCUUGUGUCGCCAACGCCAUCGGUAACCUCUGUCAGAGCUUCCUGCUCUCCUAUGGCGUUCGCGUCGGCAUUGGAAUCCUCCUCCGCGCCUUCAAGCUCGUUCGCCGUCAGUCCUAUUCUUCUCUACUUGAUCUCAAGCAACUUGUCUCAGAGAAAGAUCUUAUUGUAAGAGAAGAAGCAUGCCGAAUUGGUUUGCUUUUUGGUGGAUUUACCGGUUCCUAUCAUGCUCUUAGGUGUUUGUUAAGAAAGUUGAGGAAGAAAGAGACCCCAAUGAAUGCAAUUUUAGCAGGUUCAAUAGCAGGUUUGUCCAUAUUAGCAUUAGAUGAUUCCAGUCGGAGGCGAACACUUGCCUUGUAUCUUUUGGCUAGAGUUGCGCAGUGUGCGUAUAACUCUGCAAAAUCCAACAACAAGUUCCACCUCUGGGGGAGCCAUUGGGGUCAUGGAGAUUCUUUACUCUUUUCUAUUGCUUGUGCUCAGGUUAUGUAUGCUUUUGUAAUGCGUCCUGAGAGCCUGCCGAAAUCAUACCAAGAUUUUAUUCAGAAAACUGGGCCGGUUGCACAUCCUGUGUACAAAGCUGUUAGGGAAUGCUGUCGAGGUUCUCCAGUAGAUGUUGCGUCGUUGUCUUCUUACUUAUCCAGGCGAAGGGGCUCCAACAUUUUGAAGUUGGAAGAAUAUCCGUCUAUCAUACCCUGCUCUAUAAUUCAUCCAGAUACAAACUCAUGUUUAAAGCACAAUACCAAAGCAUUGACGGAUACUUUCAGGAAAACAUUUCCUUUGUACUUCUCUUUGACUUUUGUGCCAUUUGUUGUCCUACGCCUACAAAAGUUUAUGGAUGCCCCAAUUCGAACCUGUUGGCAUGCUGUUACAGGAGCUGUCCGCUCAACAACUUUCUUGUCUGCUUUUGUGGGAAUCUUCCAGGCUGUCAUAUGUUUGCACAGAAAAGUGGCAGUGAAGGACCACAAGCUUGUUUAUUGGUUUGCAGGUUUGAUGUCUGGCCUUUCUGUUCUGCUGGAGAAGAAAGCUAGACGUGGAGAACUUGCAUUGUAUGUUCUUCCACGAGCUGGGGAUUCUUUGUGGUAUAUUUUAGUGAACCGACAUUUGCUGCCUUACCUAAAGAAUGCUGAGGUAGCUCUCUUCUGUUUAUGUAUGGGUGGAAUAAUGUACUACCUAGAACAUGAACCAGACACCAUGGCUCCGUUCCUCAGGGGUUUGAUUCGGCGUUUCCUUGCCAGCAGAAUCAGCAACCCAGGUCCCUCAUCAAAUCGCAGUGCUUCUUAUAACUACUUGCAAAGUCUUGAUGCCAUGAAUAAGCCAAAAGUGCUUGAGAAUCACGAGGCUGAAACUUCGACAUCAACUUCACUUCCUGCUUCAGAGAAAUACAAUCUGGAAUCUAUACCUGGACUCUGAGUUUAAUUUAAAUUGCUCAUGCAAUACCUAUAGCUAAAGCUCAACUUUGCCUAUUGAUUCAUUGGAUUUUUUUAUUUAAAACCCGCAUGGUUCUGCUCAUUCUGUGUUCAGCCUGUAGGGGGAAUCAAUGGUGUUCUUUAUC